GAGUGUUUUUAUUCUUUAAAAACACUGAAAUGACAUGUGCAAUUCUGUAACUUCACUCCCAACCCAACCCAACUGUGAACAGGUCACUCUAAUUAGCAAGUAGAGAGAAGAAAGAGACUACAACAUUAAUCAUACUCAUUAUCUUCUUUCACAUACACUCCUUUGUGCAUAUGAGAAGCACAUGUCUUUCUAAGCCACCAUGACACCACCACUUCUCUUCACUCUCUUCAUUUUCAUCCUCUUCCCCACCAUUACAACUCCAUCUCCCUCUCUUCCUCUCCCACCAACUCCAUCUCCUACCUCACCUCCAUCAUCAUCAUCCUCAAAACCAUCCUCACCUUCCACUUCCACCUCAACUCUAGACCCAAAACAAAUCACAGCCUUACAAUCCCUCAACAUCCCCACCUCAAAAGACCCAUGUUCUCAACCCUCCUUCCACAAUGCCACACUCUGUGAUUCUUCCAAACCCUUCCGCCACCUCAUAUCUCUAACCCUCUCCAACUGUUCCUCCUACCUUUCUCUCUCUUUCACAGCCCUCAAAUCACUCUCAUCUCUCCACACUCUCACCCUAUUCAACUGCCCAGUUGCACCUAUCCACUUCCCUCCUCAACUCAUCACCUCUCUCAAAUCAUUCACUUGCAUCAACAGCCUCCGCAAAGUCUCUGGUGUUUGGCUCUCUCAGCUUCAGAAUCUCACCGAUCUCACUGUCUCCAAUGUUCAAGUCAAAGCUUCUGGUCCUUAUGUCAUUCUUAGUCACAUGAAGAAUCUCAACUCUAUAACAAUUUCACAUGCUAAUCUCACUGGUUUUUUACCUGGUCACAUUCAUUCCAACCUUACCCACAUUGAUUUUUCAGGUAAUCAACUCAAAGGAAAUAUACCCUUUUCAAUUACAAUGCUUGAUAGCCUUGAAAGUUUGAAUCUUUCUUCAAAUGUACUCACUGGUGAAAUACCCUCUUCCAUUGGUGACUUGAUUUCUCUAAAAAAUCUAUCUUUGGCUUCAAAUUCGUUUUCUGGGUCUAUCCCAGAUUCAAUUUCUGCUGUUCCUGGUUUGGUUCAUUUGGAUCUGAGUUCAAAUCAGCUCAAUGGGUCUAUUCCAAAGUUCAUAAAUCAAAUGAAGAGUUUAAAGUACUUGAAUCUAGCUAACAAUAAUCUUCAUGGUGUUGUUCCUUUUAACCUUACUUUUAUUAAGAGAUUGGAAGUGUUUAAGGUUGGUGGGAAUAGUAAUUUGUGUUAUAAUCAUUCGGUUGUGUCUUCAAAAUUGAAACUUGGGAUUUCUCCUUGUGAUAAACAUGGAAUGCCUUUGUCUCCUCCACCUUCAAAGGAUUCUUCUGCAGAUGAUAGCAGUGAUUCGGAUUAUGAUGACAGUGAUGAUGAUAGUAGCAGCCACAAGAAGGAUCAUCAUCAUGGACCAAAUAAGUUUGUUCUUGGUGUGGCAAUAGCACUUUCUUCCAUUGUUUUUCUCAUUGUUUUUUUAAUUGUAUGCUCAAAAUGCUGUCGUUGAAGAAAAUUUUGAUUAUUAUUUUUUUUUAGGAUUAGGAAAAUUGAUUACUUGUGUUGAGUUGAAAGGGCUUGUUUAAUAUAUAUUUAAUAUUUAUUGAUUAUUAUACAAUUAUUAUUACAGAUAACAAAGAUGGAAAACACAAACAAACUAAAAAGGAAUUGUUAUAUUUGGAUAGGAAUUUAUUUAUGUAAAAUGUGUCCACUAAAAGGAGGAGAAAAAUGAAGAACCAAGUCAUUGAAUAA